GAAAAACCUACUUUCGAUACGCGGACGUGAAACCGUGAAACCGGGGUCGAAAAAUUUACGAAGUCGUUUUUGUAAUUUGGUUAAUGGCAAAUUGCCGACAUCCCCACUGUUAUGAAUUACAAGAACACGUAUACAGCUUGAAUUUUAAUAUAUUUUCUAAACCUUAAAAGGGAUAUGUGACGUGAGAAGGCACGGAGACAGAAAGCACAUGUUCACAUCGUCACACUGGACAGCAUGGAACUUCCUGCUGUAAUAUGGGCGUGGCUUAAUAAUAUACGUACUCGCGAUGUAUAUUGAUGUCAUAACUGACAAACUUGCGACUGUUAUCGGGUGCGUUUUCAACAGAAGAAUGAACGGAAAAGAUAAGAAAGACAGACCUUUCUUCAGCAUUAUUACAUCGUACUUUCAUUCAUUAUUUUCCUUUCUUGCAUCAUUCCUCAUUCGGCCAGUUAUAGAAUUUACUGUCCAAGGGAUCAAUUUGAGGGACAACCCUCUCAAGGGCAAGCCUAGAUGUCCCGUGUUGUCGGAGAAGAAGAAGAGGGAGGUCGAACACGCAGUAUGCUGUUUUGUGACAUAUGAUGCUGAGAAUGCAGAUAGUGUGCUCAACUUUAACCCAAUCAAGCAACACACUGAGUGCAUCUUUGCCAAGCAAGCGAAAGUCUGGGGUUCUACAGGGUGGAACACUUCUCUCAGUUUAGAGGAGAAUGUUUACAGAUCACUUCCCACUCUGUUGAAAUUCAGCAUGGUCUGUGAAGAGCUUGGAUUGGAUAUGUUUCUGAUAGAACUUCCUGGAGAGGAAUAUGGAAGGGACGUAAAUAUAUUUGGAGACGCAGUGAGGCGUGUGCUGAAACAAAUAUCCGACCACGAUCCAACCGGGUACCGGUGUAUGGACAAGUCCUACAUCGCCAGGAGGGGAUGGGUCUUUGAAUUCAAUAAAAUAACCUACUUCAUCACCACAUUCGCACCGUGUUACCCGGUCGAUAAUUCCCGAUACGGAUUUGAGUGUGAUAACUGUAACGUCGCCCUCCAGCCGGAGAUUUCGUUUGCUCAACAUGACUUGCCACCCGACACCCCUUCAACUGAAUGGGAAUGUCCCGUAACCGUGCGCGACAAGAUUCGUGUUGGAUUCAGGAAUUCUGGGAGAGAAUACCAUAUAAGGAACACGAUAUAUUACCCAAUGGCCGAAGACGUGGUAAAGCCGUUGGGAAAAGAUGACCCGAUUGUAGAAUGGUGGAAGAAAAGAGACAUGGGGAUGAAAACAAACUAAAAUAGACAUACAUUGCCUCGGCCUCGGACUUAACAAGAAGAAGACGUUUUGAACAACAAAAAAACAAACAAACAAACAAUAGUGGGCCAUGUAGAGAAUGUAAUACCCGGCCAUAAA